AGGAAUACGGUUGCAAAGCGAAAUAAGGCGUCUGGUGGGUAUUCUAAAGACUGGACGAUAUUACUGGUAGGUGUGGGAUCGAGUUUUUAAGAAAUCUCACUCAGGAUCACGGUGGUGGAUCUACUGUACCGUGGUGAACCGUGUGUGAGGUUCUUCGAGGGCGGAUCCACUCAUUGAUUGCAGCAGCAAGAAAGCUGCUCAUUCAGUGUUAUUGCGUCUCGGGUUUGGAAACACACUCGACAGAAGACACAUGGAUGAAGGAGAGUUGGUCGAGUACUUUAGGAAGCAGAUGAGCCAAGAUCCAGAUGUGGCGUCUGCAGUGGCGGCGAUUCGCUCUCUCCUGGAGUUCCUGAAGAGAGAUCAGAGUGAGACCAUCGUGGGCCUAAGAGAGAACCUGACCAAAGCCAUCGGCAGGCUGAAGGAGGCGGAUUCCUCGGUGGCCGUGUCCUCAGGAGGAGAACUUUUCCUUCGUUUCAUCAGCCUCACAUCGCUGGAGCAUCCGGAUCUCUCACAGUGCAAGAAUGUGAUGGUGGACCGAGGAGAACUUUUUCUGAAGAAGAUCUCUUUGUCCCGAGGCAAAGUGGCCAAACUUUGUCACACGUUCAUCAAAGACGGGGCUAAAAUCCUGACGCACUCCUCCUCGAGGGUUGUGCUGAAAGUUCUGGAAAACGCAGCGGCUGACAAGAAGCGCUUUACCGUAUACGUCACAGAAUCCCAGCCCGACUCUUCCGGUCGUCAGAUGGCCGAACAGCUGCGAAGACUCAAUAUCCCAGUCACAGUAGUGCUCGAUGCUGCAGUUGGAUACAUCAUGGAGAAGGUGGACCUGGUCAUCGUCGGGGCUGAGGGUGUCGUUGAAAGUGGAGGCAUUAUAAACAAGAUUGGCACCUACCAGAUGGCGGUCUGCUCCAAAGCGCACAACAAGCCGUUUUACGUGGUGGCAGAAAGUUUCAAGUUUGUGCGCCUUUACCCGCUCAACCAGCAAGACGUGCCCGAUCGGUUCAAGUACAAAGCAGAUACGCUGAAAACGGCUGAGGAUUUCAAUCAGGAGCAUCCGAUAAUCGACUACACACCUCCGUCCCUCAUCACGCUGCUUUUCACCGACCUGGGUGUGUUGACUCCUUCGGCGGUCAGCGACGAGCUCAUCAAGCUCUACUUGUAACGAUCCUGCCCUUAAGGGCCAUUACAGAGACACACAAUCCUGACAAUGAUGCAUCUCGGUUUUACUCCCAACCACACGCCCAUUACAAUAUCGGUAAUUUAUAUAUCCAGGUCCAUCUCCUGUUCAUAUACUCCAUUUACAUUAGGGAAUAAACAAAUAAAUAUAUAAAACCCUU